AUGUAUAAGAAAACAGCAAAACCACAAGAGCAAAUGGACAAAAAGAUAGAUACUAGACAAACAAAAGAUAGAGGAGAUAGUCCCAAAAAGACAAACGUUAAUCUUGAUAAACUAAACUUAGCUUCCACAUACCACAACAUCCUUAGCAAAAGCAUCUUGUAUGACAGAGGAGAUUCUAAGAAAUCAAAAAACGAAAAUUCACAUACGAAAUAUGAUACAUCUAAAGACAACAAGGCUGUGGAAGUAAAUAACCCAGUGAAAGCAGUUACAAAUAUUACUCAAAUAAAUAACGAAAUGUAUGAGAGUAUACCCCUAAACCAAAACAAAAUUGUUACUGAAGAUGUCAAACCAAAACUUUCUAUAGGUUCGAAGACCUUCGAAAGGAAAAUGUCUCGGGAGAAGAACAUAAUAGAUAAAAAGCCACCAUACCAAAAAACAAAUCAAAAACCUGAUCGCCUGGUUGAUGUUGGUUUAAGGAAAGCCAAAAUUAAGGAAGUAAUUAAAAUUCCUUAUAAGCCAUUAGAAGACACCGUAACUCAAGAAAUAGAGGACGAUUUAACGGUACAGGAAAAACAAAUAAUCAACUCCACCCCUUCAAAAAAUAGUACAAUGAAAAUUUCAAAAGCGGUUUCAUUUAAAGAACCUUUAAAUAUUUCUAAUAGAUUAGGGAACAGUCAUAUAAAGGCGACAUCUUUGGACGCGAACUUCAAAAGACAAGUUGUAAUUAACAAGACAAAAGUUCAGAAUUCAGUGAAAACAUCGAAACGUCGUCGAAAAAAGAAGAAUAAUUCUCCAUCGUCCAACAAAAUCGACAUCAACGAAUUCCCGCCUACGAAAGUUGCGCAAUGGGCGCCAUCUUGUUUAACCAGUCACACGCAACCUUAUUAUGAAGCGUGGGUAGAUACAAAUGUCACCGCAGUUUCGAGAUGUUCCGAAAAGGAAAAAUUGAUGAUCGAGAAAGAGUUAAUUAAAUCAUUUCAAGAAUCAAAGAGACCUGUAACUCCAGAAGGGGUGUACGGUAAUUUUAAUGAUGAAAAGUUUAUGGGAAGAAUUAUAAUUAAACAUAGACAUCUUGGUGUGAAAUCAAAGAUGUCAAACCAUUGUCCUAAAUAA